AUGUACCUUCGGGCACUUGUGGCGUACCUCGGGCCGAGUUUUGUUCCGUUUUGCCAACCGUCGGACCAACGGACUACGAUUCUGCAAUGGUACCGGUACCGCCGGCAGAUGGCGUUAAACAGGUACGGGUCAAUGUUCGCCGAACGACGGACGGUUUUUGCAAGUAGCGGUACGCUCGAAACGCACCGCAUCCAGCUCGACGUCCUAAACAGAACGCCCUGGUACGGGUUACGUGACGCAAAAGGUCUCGGAGCAUCGGAUAUCACAUCCGAAGCCCUCCCUAACAGUGAUGGCGGGGCGCGGGAUGCUGGGCCGCCGCGGACCUCGGAUGGCAUAUAA